UACGGCGGCGUUUCAUGAAUAAGUGCAACAUCAUCAAUAACACAAUGCAGUUGUAUUUUAUUGGUAUGAUUAUUGCUACGUUUGGGCUUGGUGAAGUCAUGUGCCGAAGUUUUACCAUAGAAGAAGGUCCAUACAAUUUGAUAAUGUACAACACCUCAACCUGCGUUAAGGAGCAGCCUUGGUUCCACACCAACGUCUCAGUCUUCAACAGCAAGGUCCUCCGUGGCACCGUCGUCAAUCAGAAGGAUAUAAAGAAUGUCAAGUUCCGCAUUCAAGCGUUCUACUUGGACCAAGGCAAGAUAAAAGUCUUCGAGAUAAAGAACCAGAACUGCCAUAACACGAUCAUACAGAUAGUGCUUAAAGCACUUGCCCUACCCUACAAUAAUCAGAAGUGCACGUUGAAACCGAUAACUGCAAAGUUCGAAAACCUGAACUUGGAUGCAGUCUUCCACGCGGUGGUGCAGAAGGUCUGGUACGGCUCCGUGCUAGUCAGGUGGGAGAUCGCCCUGCCCACUGUCACGAUCAUGUGCCUCGAUAUCCACAUGCAGAUUGUUAAAGCCAAGAGUGUGGACAAUAAGGAUAGUUCCUAAUCGCCAUGCAAUUUUCUUGAAAAAUAAAACCGUUAUUGGACAUUUUAUAUACUUAGUAUUAGUACUAAAAAGUACUAUAAUGUUCAAUAACAGUAUUAUUUUAUCAUUUUGUGUGCUUUCUGUCUCAUGUUCGCUAU